CCUCUCCGCUCUCCUCUUCCCCCCUUUCUCUCUUCAAAACCUGCCUCGUCUCUCCGAUCGCCAUUCACCCUCCCUCCAUUUCUCUCUCACUCUCCUCCACCGCCGCCUUCGCCACUUCUUCUUCUCAUCACUAGCUUAGCCGCUUCACUGCUUCACUUCGCUUCCGAUCACGACCGGUAUGGUGCUGGUCUCCAAUAUCGACGGCGGAAGUCAGGUAGUCUCGCUUCGGGUUCGGAAGACCAUCCAGUCCAUCAGGGAAGUCGUCGGGAACCACUCCAAUGCCGCUAUCUACGCCGUGCUGAAGGAGACCAACAUGGAGCCCAACGAGACCGUGCAGAAACUGCUCAACCAAGAUCCGUUUCAUGAGGUGAAGAGAAGGGACAGGAAGAAAGAGGCUCAGCACACAGGUUACAGAGGUUUUGCUGAUACUAGAAAGCAAGUGGAGCAGAACAUUCCAUCGGGAAAACUAUAUAGAUUGUGGAAUCAAAAUUCUCAUAGAGGAGGGUUUACUCGGAAUUUGGUUCCUGAUGCAGGAAUCAGUCACGAAUUCCGCAUCGUAAGGGACAACAGAGUGAGCCAAAAUGUUAAUAAGGAUGCUUUGCAAGAAGAAAAUAAGCAAUUAGUUCCUGGCAAUGAGCAAACUAUGCCAGAUGUUCCAGAGAAGAGCUCUACCAGAGUUCCCUCUGAUCAAAAGCACUCUGUUUCUGCAAAUUCAGACGAGUGUCUUAUAUCAGCAUAUUUUGAUGAGUCCAGUCAUGUACCUGAUUAUGUCCAAGAUGAAAAGUCAAGUGGUACAAAAAGUCCAUCACAACAGGACAAGUGUGAAGCAAUAGCAUCUGUUGUACAGAAUGAAACACAGACUUCAGGGUUACCAAAUAGCUUUAUUGGGAUGUCCUCUUCAUCUUCAGAUCCAGUUCAUGUUCCAUAUCUUGAUUCUGCAUCAGCUGGUAAAGUGGGGGCUAUUCAGCACGAAGUUGGAGUAGUUGGCUUUCGAAGACAGACUUCUGAUCAUCCUGAAAAUCGUUCAUCUGUUUCAAAUAGCUUCCUCUCAAGUUCUUUAUCAGGAAAGAAUAUUUGUUUCUCAGUGGAAUCAACUGGACAUCAGGCUUACACAUCUAAGAGUCAUUCACUAAACCAAAUUUCUCCAUCAGCCGCCGAUCUGUAUAGCACGUCCUUAAGCAUACAAUCACAGGGUUUCUACCACAAUAGCAGAUUACACCAACAGUCUCUGAGUCAGCAGAAAGCUAUUCAGCCCAUCAUGAAGUGGAAGCCUAAAACUAGACCAAAACCCAAUAUUGUCAACAAUGGUGUGCCUGGAAUUACUUCAGCUUCUCCAUCUUGUGCUGUUAGUUCUUGUGUCUCACGACCAGUGGGAAAAACCAGAUCUGAGAAAUUGUCACAAGAUUGUAGUUUGGAUAGUCAACAUGUGAUCAUACCACAGCAUCUUCUAGUGCCACAGUCAGAGUGCAUGCAGCUGAUAUUUGGAAGUUUUGGUACUGGGUUUGACACAUCCAAGGGGUUUGCCUCUGUUCCUCAUCAAUCAGGAAGUGCAGAGCAGUUGGAUGACGAACCUUCUGACAGGGACAGUCUGCAUGACCAGUCUAGUACUUCGCCAUGUGGCUCUUCUGUGUCAGCUGCAGAAUCACAGGAGCCACCACCUGAAAAUAAUGGUUGUUUAAGUCCUCAAACUAUUCAGACUUAUGAUGAUAUUAGAUUGGUGGAGAGCAACAGCCCUCCUUUCAAUACACAGGAAGAGCAGCAGCUACAAAAUCCUCAUAGCUUGCCAAGUUUCUCGGCAUAUGACAACCAAAGUAGUUAUGAUGUCCCAUUUUUCAAAACAGUAAUGCAAGAUAAUGUACAUGCCCAAGGUUCAACUUCAUCAUCAGAGCAGGUCUUGAGUUUUCAUGCCGCCUGUAGCAGUUUUUCUAGUUUGGCCAUGGCACAGCAGCAACAACUUGUUCAACAGCAGCAGCCGAUUGUGCAGCUGUACCCACAAAUUCAUAUGCCCCAUUUUCCAAACUUUGUGCCUUAUCGUCACAUUAUUUCUCCAGUUUAUGUUCCACAAAUGGCCAUGCCAAACUAUGCCAGCAACACUGGGUAUCCUCAUCCCUCCACUGUGAAUAGUUAUGUUCUGAUGCCUGGAGGAAGCCCACACAUGCUGGCAAGCAAGUGUGCAACCACACAGUAUAGACCAAUUGCUGCUGGCAACCCAACCGGGUGUGGAACCUACACCAAUCCUGCUAGUUUUGCCAUCAGUUUCCCUGGUGCUGUCAGUAACACAACAAGCCAAGAAGACUUGAACAGUGUCAAAUACAAAGACAACAAUGUCUUUGUUCCAAACCCACAGUUGGACACAUCUGAUAACUGGAUUCUGACGUCACGAGAGCUUCCAAACUUACAGUCAGCACCAUAUUAUAGCCUAUCAGGGCAAGCACUACAAUCAGCAUUCUUGCCUGCCCAUGCUGAUCAUGCUGUUUUUAAUGCCACACGAAAUACUUCUCAUGUGCAGUACCCAGGCUUGUACCCUCAACCUCAGCCAACCUCCAUGGUGAAUUCACAUCACUUGCUGCAGCAGCAGGUCCCACCAGCCAUAGGUGGGAGUCUUGGACUCGGCAUCGCAUCUCCUGGGCCACAGGUUGGUGGUAACCGUCAGCAGACCCAGCUUGGACACCUCAACUGGGCAGCCAAAUUUUGAAGGAAGAAAUCAGUUUGUUGUUAGGGCUGAAGUAGGUUUAUAUAUGCAUAAAUGCAUAAGUCUUGUUUGUAAUGGAAAACAAGCUUUUCACAUUUUAAUAACUGGACAGUUUUUCUGAAUCAGUAGAGCUUUACUUCUUGUUUUCUUUUCA